ACACUUCCUCACAGCGCAACUCUCCGCUGCCGUGGCCAGAUGAAAUCCACACGGAAACCUGCCAACAGGCAACACCAACUCCUAUCUAAGGGAUCUGCCACAAUCCCGCCUCUCCAAAACCGGAUAUGAGUGCUGUUUGGGGAAAGAAAGCAAAGCGGCAGAGGGGCACAUCAUGAUAGAGGCGCGGAGGCUUGACAGGAUAUACGGACUGACCCGGAUAGACUGUUUCCCCAGAUUUUUCCAGGGAUCGGUAAGGCAUCAGGCGGAGACCACGGGAAGAAUCAAAGUCGAUGACAAGAAAAAGAGGAAUGACAACGGCUUCAUCUCAGACAGCAGCUGAACAGCUCGUCCGCGCGGUUUCCCGUCAGACUGGCUGUGACCGAGGUGGAUGCGCAACUGUAACUGGAAGAAGUGAACCCCUGGAGGGCUGGAGCUCCUGAGAUGCCCGUCCAUCAUAGCACAUUGCUCUGUCUGGGGGUGCUGCUGCUGACUACUGGGGGGCUCAGCUUUGGUUGGGGCAUGACCAAUUCAUCAGUCCCGAUGUAUUUACUCGGGAUAUUUCUAUGCCUGGGGGGUGUGGGCCUGCUGGCUACUGGACUGUGCAUGGCCAUGAGAAACCUCCAGGCAGCAGUGCCAGGACACUUUCUCUUGCACCCCCGCACGGGUACGCGUUUCAACCCCCAGCAGAGCUUGGCUAUACAAAGGAGGUUGGAUCGAAUUCGUCGAGAGAUGUCAGCUGACUCUGUUGACGGGACGCCGGAGCCCGAACCCGAACCCUCCCUACCAUCAACCCCUCCGCCUUGGACUAUGGAGCCACCUCCAUCCUACGACACAGUGAUGAAUAGCCAGGAGCACAGCCAGCAGCUUUAAUCUUUUGUCCCGCCUCGUAAAACUCUCAUCAGUGCCUUUUGUCGUCGGUUUUACUCGAGAGCUUUGAAUGUUCGUUUCUGUGCUGUCAGUGAAGUCACUGCAGCAGGUUUCUCUGUGCCUUAGGACUAACUGAAAAUGUGGUUUAAACUGUUAUUUUAUGGUUGCUAUACCCCCCCUUUUUUUUGCAUUAAGCUAUUUUUUUUUUAAUUGCUUCAAUUAAUUUGAUGUGGUGUGACAUACUGCUGAAACAGUUAACACCAGGGCUAGACCUAUUAACCACUCUGAUGUUUGAUCAACUGUCAUUCAUUAUGUCAGUUAAUCGCUUUUUACACUGAAUUAUAUGAGAUUAUUUUCAUAAGUUUAUUAAAUAAAAUAAAAACAGUUUAUUUCUUGUACUAUGCUUUUUAAAUGACCCCUUUUUUAACUGAUUGUGUAUCUGAAAGGUAAGUACAUACAAGGCCACUACUAUGAAGUAUUAUUAUUUAAGUAAAUGUACAUUUGUAAUGCAGGCAAGAAUUGUUAAAAAUAUGGAGUAUUUUGGAUCAGUUAUUGGUCAGUUUUAUCCUGUGAAGAAAUAAAGGAUUCACUUUU